AUGGAGGUCGGAGCCGGGAGAGAGGAGGGUGAGGCGGCGGCAGCGGUUGCAACGGAGGUGGCGCCAGUGGCAGGGCGGAGGGGGUGCAUCCGCUCGACGCAGGGGCCGUGGACGGUGCGGCGGCGAGGCCGGGGCGGUGGGCUGACGACGUCGCUGCGGCACCCGACGCCGCGGGAGCGGGAGAACAACCGGCAGCGCGAGCGGCGGCGGCGGCAGGUGGCCGCCAAGAUCUACGCCGGCCUGCGCGCCCACGCCGGGUACACGCUGCCCAAGCACGCGGACCAGAACGACGUUCUCCGCGCGCUCUGCGCCGAGGCUGGGUACCACGUCGACGACGACGGCAACGUCACGCGCCUCCAGGGUGUGGUCGACGGCGCGGCAGGUCCGAGCUGCAGCUCCGACCAUCAGAAGCCUUCCUCCCACAGCGGCACAACGGAGGCGGUGACCCUGCAGCAGCCGGAGCAGCGGCGGGAGGAGGAGGAGGAGGCGAAGCUGUCGCUCGAGCUCACCAUUUCCUUCGCCUACAUGUAGCCGCGAUGCCAGAUUGUCUCUG